ACUGCCAAUGAAACGCUUCCCCUAUGUCAAAUUAAAUAUGUUCAUUGAAAUAGUAGCAAAUUUUGGGUAGUUUUCAAUUUUAAAGAAAACUCUCGGGUAUAAUAUUUUUUCUAAAUUUGUUUAUGAAAUUAUUCUCGCCUAUUUUCCAUAAAAUCCGAGUAGCCCCACAAAAAAUACGAAAUUUACAAAAAACCUUUUUCAAAGAUGAGAAUUUAUAUUUUAUUAAUGUAAUUUCCGCUUUUGUAAUGUCGGCGUUUGGCGAUAUUUCCACGCAACUCACUAUCAGAUAUUCCUAUGCCGAGUACGAGUACAACCCCCAUCGAACAGCCCGGAUGGCCCUUGCUGACGGUUAUUUUAGUGGAAAUAUUUCGCACUUCUUUUACCGAAGCUUGGACAAGUUCUGGCCAGGGCAGACGACUGCAGUGGUUUUGAAGAAGCUGGUGUUGGAUCAAUUGGUGGUGGCGCCAACUACCCUUACGAGCUUCUAUGUUACUAUUGGGUUCAUGUCGGCGAAUACGUUUAAUGAGAUUGUCAGGGAAUAUCGUGAAAGUAUCGUGAAAGUGUACGCAAUACAGUUCGCUAUCUGGGUACCGGCCCAAAUGAUUAAUUUCUACUUCAUACCGAGUCGACUUCGAAUGGUCUACAUCAACACGAUCUCACUCUUGUACGCAAUUUAUAUGUCGCAUCUUAAGUUCCACUAAAACUAGGCUCCUUGGAAAGUUACAUCCCGAACUGAUGCAGAAAUGGAGGAAGAAACUUUCUGUUGAAAUCUUUCCAUAAACAAGCAUUGCUACCUCGAUUAUUAUAUUGUAGAAUUUGGAAUUGAAUGGUCUUCAUAAUUUACUGAUAUCAAACCUCGUUGCGUGAAGUUUAAGAAAAGUUAGGGACAUGUAACAUCGAGGAGAGUUACUUGGAAAGAGUCAUGUGGCAAGCGCAGCCUGCGUAGUCACUGAUAAAAGUAUUACCUCAUUCGAAAGUGUAUGAUAAUAAAUUAUAGGAUAAGCACUCGUUAUGAUAUGAAAUAAAUUAUAUUGUAUUUAUCGAAA